GUCAAAUCUUUCUGUUCACGCGACAGGGUUAUGCAGUACUCAACUAUAUAUACACCCUUUGGUCCCGCUAAUGGCAUUGUUGACACGCCCUUCGUGAAUAGGUUUGUUGUCAGAUAUGCAUCCGCCCAGCGGUGGCAGCCUUCUGCUAUGGCUACUACCUGGCAGCUCCCGUAUUUCCUUUGCAACAGUGGAGCAGUAAAUAUUUCCACGUUGCCACCGAUGUGUCCGCAGCCUUAUGUGUCGGAUUCCACUUAUUCCGAAGACUGUUUGGCAAUGGUUCUGUACGUUCCAACUUCUCUAACAGAUGUUAGUUGUAUUCCUACGUUGGUGUGGAUUCACGGUGGCUCUUUCAUGGUUGGCUCAGCUAGUAAUCCCGGGCUUGAUGGGUCAGCUUUGGCCCAAGCUACCGGUUCAAUUGUUGCCGUCAUACAGUAUCGGCUUGGUGCUCUUGGAUUUAUUGCUCCUAAUGGUGAAACCAAUCUUGGUCUCAAAGAUGUUGUCAAUGGCCUCCAAUUCUUACACCAAGUCCUUCCGAGCUUCGGAGGUGACAAGUCAAAAAUAACUUUGGCGGGCCAGAGCAGUGGUGCGAAUAUGAUCCGCGCACUUUUGGCUGUCCCCUCGGCACAGUCCCUUUUUCAGUCGGCAAUCCUCCAAUCCGACCCAAUGGAUUACGGCUUUCUCUCUGUAUCAAAUCAGCAACAGUUACAGGACUACUUUGUUUCCCUGCUACCGUGCCAAGUUUCCGACAUAGCGUGUUUGAAUGCGUUGUCUGUUGACGAGAUUGUCAACGGUAUCGGCUUAAAUCAGUUCUUCAAUGCAUCUCAGAUCGUUGCUGCUGCCACGCAGAUGGAGCCGAUGCGUGUUGUGAACGAUGGUUCUUUCAUCACCUCCACGCUGGACUCAUCCUCGCCUUUUCCUGCUGUAUCUAAAACCAUCCUCCUUUCGAAUGUGAAGGACGAGGCGGGAUAUAUUACUUACGGUAACUUGCCUAAUCCUGUUCCUCAAUCCGAGUACCAGGCUCUUGUGGACGCUUCCUUUGGAGAAAACCGAUCCCAACUUCUCUUGAAUAUCCAGUCUUACGCAGUCCAGACAUCCACCGUUUUCGACUACAGACCACAACUGGAAAUGCUAGGAACCGACUCUGUCUUUCGUUGUGCUACAUGGACAUUUGCUCGAAACUGGGUGUCCCAUGGCGGCACUGCCUACGUCGGGAUGUAUACCGUCGGUGCAAGCUACCCCGGCAACUCACAAGUCCCAUAUUGUUCGCAACCCGGCGUGGUCUGUCACCAGGACGAUAUCGAAAUUGUCUUCGGCACCGUCGAAAACCCUACCGCUGCCCAAUCUGCAUUGAUCGCGGAGAUGCAAGCUCGGUACAAGUCAUUCAUGUGCGAUUGGGAUCCGAACCCACCUGGUACUUCAUACCCUGAGUGGCAAGCUGCUGGAACUUCCGACGUCAACGCUAUCCUCUUCGGCAGCUCGGGAGAAGCUCCAAUUGGUGCCUGCACUCCUGAACUCUGGGGUAGUAGCAUUGAAUAUGACUAUCAAUUAUUCGAUAUUUAGACCCUUUCCCGUGGACAUUUACAUUUCAAUUAUCCUAAUCCUUAAUCACUUCGCACUUCCUUGUGAUCUUAUUUUUUCUCAUUCCCUCCGCCCCAAACUGUAGCGAUAAUGGUAUGAUCUUUGCUAGAACGCAUGUACU